AUGUCGCUUGACACAGACGUUCUUAUCAUCGGUGGCGGCCCGUCUGGUCUGGGCAUGGCGAUCCAACUUAUUCGCAAGUUCGGAACCCGCAACUUCACCAUAAUCGAGAAAAGCGACAACAUAGGUGGCACGUGGUGGGCGAACUCGUACCCAGGGUGUGGAUGUGAUGUUCCGUCGCACUUCUACUCCCUUUCCUUCGCCCUGAACCCCAAUUGGUCUCGGGCCUUUGCGCUCCAACCGGAGAUACACCAAUAUUUCUCUGAUCUUGCAGACUCUUACCAACUACGAUCACAUACGAGGCUCCAAACAACGGUCGAGCGUGCCAUUUGGGACAAAACCACAGGCACUUGGCUCGUUACUCUCCGCGCCCAGCAAUCAAAAACAACGACAACUCUCCGCUGCAAGAUCCUCAUCUCAGCUGUGGGAUCUCUUUCUGUCCCCAACGAUUGCGAUAUCCUUGGAGCCGAGGAGUUUCAAGGUCGCAUAUUCCAUUCUGCCCAAUGGGACCACACAUUUGACUACAAAGACAAAGAUGUCGUGGUUGUUGGAAAUGGCUGCAGUGCCACGCAAUUCGUACCCAUCAUGUCCGAUCCUGCGAACCCCACCGGUGCUGUGCGCAAACUCACUCAAUUCAGCCGGCAACCACACUGGUUGGCUGAACGCCCAAACCCUGAGUACGGAGAGACGUUCAAGUGGGCAAUGCGCUGGAUCCCCGGCGUGAUGCGCGCCUACCGAUGGUACAUCUUCACCACGAAGGAAUACGGAUUCGCAUCAUUCCCGAUUGAGAGCGGGCGCAAGCAGCGCGACAUCGACACGGCUGUCCAAUCCGACUACAUCAAAAAGAACGCUCCGCCCGAGCUGCGCGACUUCCUCGUGCCCAAGUCCGUGCUUGGGUGCAAGCGUAAGGUGCAGGAUACAAACUACCUGGCAUGCCUGCACCGUGACAACGUCGAGCUCGUCCAUUCCGACCCCAUCGCCCGCGUCACGCCAACAGGCGUCGAAACGAAGUCGGGCCGCACCAUCCCCGCAGACGCCAUCGUCCUUGCGAACGGCUUCAAGACGCACCAGCCUCUGUUCCCCAUGGAGAUCCGCGGCGCGAGCGGAGAAUCCCUGGAGGAGCACUGGAAGAGGUACAACGAGGGAAGCCCCGAAGCGUACUUUGGCACCAUGUUGUCCGGCUUUCCCAACUUCUUCGUCCUGAUGGGGCCGAACACUGUCAGCGGCCACCUGAGCGUGUUGUACACGACCGAAUGCCAGAUCAAUCUCGUCAACAAGUUGAUCGCGCCGAUCCUGGCUGCACUGCACCCGAAGGCCGUCUCUUUGAGAAGUCUGCUGGCGCUGCCGCCUCCGGACGACAUUGUGGAAGUGAAGCCAGAAGCUGAGGCCAAGGAUGUUGAAUGGGUGGCGCAGGCGACGAAGAAGCUGGUGUGGUCGACGGGAUGCUCGAGUUGGGGAAUCGACGAACGGACGGGGAAGAACACGAUGAUGUACCCCGACUGGCAGUUCAAGUAUUGGCUGAGAAGCUUGUGGCCAAAGUGGGGGGAUUUGAGAUAUGAGAAAUCCAACCCGGCCUUGGCUGCGGAGUCGAAGCGGAAGACGUGGCCGAGGUAUGUGACAUUGCUGCUUGUUGCGGCAGUCAUUGGCGGAGGAAAAACUGUGGAGACUGGCUCUACAAAGCAGGCGCUAAGUGUUCUUGAGCGAUCACUGGGCAGUGGCGUGGCAUUUGUGAGAGGGCUGUUGUGA